CACAGUGCGUAUGUCAUGCAUGCAUAUUGCAUAAUAUCGUACUCUAUUGAGUUGGUACGAUUUGUAACCCCACAGCUUGUGGUUAAGUUAACCUAACGGAUAUUUGUGCACGUACUGUACAAAUCAUCAUGGCAGAGGCGGAAGGGACCCACGGACGCACGAUCCUGGUAGCAAUGGACGGAAGCAAACACUCCAAACAUGCAUUUGAAUGGUUCGCGGACCACCUGUACUGCCCAACCGACCGUGUGCUGCUGGCGUACUGUGCAGAGCCAGUCCACAUCAGUACGAUAUUGACAGGCGAGCCUAUGAUGGCCCAUCAACUGCUGAAGCAGGAGGAGCAAAAAAUGAAGGAGGUCUUUGACAACAUCGACAUCAUGGCCAAAUCACGCAAUGUGAAACACCAUCUGUUGCGGCUGGACGGACAGCCGGGCCAAGCCAUUGUGAAGGAGGCAGAGAAGCAGGGCGCCAACCUCAUCAUCACGGGGAGUCGCGGCGUGGGCGGCAUCAGGAGGACCCUAAUCGGAAGCAUUAGCGACUACAUCAUUCACCACUCGCACGUGCCCGUGGUUGUCUGCAAACACGAGGACGAACACCAUAAACUGAAAUAGCACGUGGAAAUUAAACCUCUGGAAAUCAUCAAUAAUUGACAGAGUGGCAUGAAAAGUUCACUUGUUUUGUAAUGAGAAAGAAAUGUUUGCUUUUGUAACAUCUUUAUGAAUCUCAAUAAUGGGUAACAAAAUAUAUCAUCUUUUAAUGUCAUUCGGUUGAUAGGAAUUGCAUUCAACAGCUUUAAUUUGUAUUUGUUUUGUUUUGUUUUGUAUGUAUAUGGUGUAGUUUCAAUAAAUGAAUAACAAUA